GAGGCCCUGCAAAGAAUAAUAUCCACAUUGGCCAAUAAAAAUGAGGAGCUCCAUAACUUCAUGGAAACACUUAGUCACUCUCUGGCUGGUGUCCAGGUAAGACAUACAUAAUAACAGUCAGUCAAUUACAUUAAACAUAUCAUACAGCAAUAAUAAUCUUGAUAUUACAAUCUUGUACAGUAAUUUCCAUUGACCAAAUAUGCCAUGUUAAUCAAUCUGUAGACUCUCGCGAUGCAGAGAUAUGGUUCUGGGUUACGAGGUGAAUCAAUAUGUGUGAUUGUGACAGGUGUAUCACUAUGUGUGAUUGUGACAGGUGUAUCACUAUGUGUGAUUGUGACAGGUGAAUCACUAUGUGUGAUUGUGACAGGUGUAUCACUAUGUGUGAUUGUGACAGGUGUAUCACUAUGUGUGAUUGUGACAGGUGUAUCACUAUGUGUGAUUGUUGACAGGUGUAUCACUAUGUGUGAUUGUGACAGGUGUAUCACUAUGUGUGAUUGUGACAGGUGUAUCACUAUGUGUGAUUGUGACAGGUGUAUCACUAUGUGUGAUUGUGACAGGUGUAUCACUAUGUGUGAUUGUGACAGGUGUAUCACUAUGUGUGAUUGUUGACAGGUGUAUCACUAUGUGUGAUUGUGACAGGUGUAUCACUAUGUGUGAUUGUGACAGGUGUAUCACUAUGUGUGAUUGUGACAGGUGUAUCACUAUGUGUGAUUGUUGACAGGUGUAUCACUAUGUGUGAUUGUGACAGGUGUAUCACUAUGUGUGAUUGUUGACAGGUGUAUCACUAUGUGUGAUUGUUGACAGGUGUAUCACUAUGUGUGAUGGUUGACAGGUGAACUCCACACAAGUAGUGUCAGACCUGGAGGAGGAGUUUGAUACGUUAUUCGCCGUCCUGGUUGAGAUGAAGGAGAGCAUGACCAACAACAUCAAACAGGAGGGAGCCAAGAAGACACAGGAACUACAG